GCCCGGCCCCGCCCCGCGCUUCCUACCGGCCCCGUCACCCCCGCCCCGGGGCCGGCCCGGCCGGCGGCUGCGCACUGCGGUUCUGCGCUCUCAUCAUGGCGGCGCGGGGCCAUGUGCAGGACCCCAACGACCGGCGCCUGCGGCCCAUCUACGAUUAUCUCGAUAAUGGCAAUAAUAAAAUGGCAAUCCAGCAAGCAGAUAAACUGCUCAAGAAACACAAGGAUCUUCACUGUGCAAAGGUUCUAAAGGCAAUUGGCUUGCAGAGAACUGGCAAGCAGGAUGAAGCCUAUGCUCUGGCACAAGAAGUAGCAGCGCUUGAGCCCACAGAUGACAAUUCCUUGCAAGCACUAACCAUCCUUUACCGGGAAAUGCACAGACCUGAACUGGUAACUAAACUUUAUGAGGCAGCUGUAAAGAAGGUUCCCAACAGUGAAGAGUAUCACUCCCAUCUCUUCAUGGCCUAUGCCAGGGUUGGAGAAUACAAGAAGAUGCAACAGGCUGGAAUGGCACUUUAUAAGAUUGUACCCAAAAAUCCAUACUAUUUUUGGUCUGUGAUGAGCUUGAUCAUGCAGUCUAUUUCAGCACAGGAUGAAAACCUCUCAAAGACGAUGUUUUUGCCGCUAGCUGAGAGAAUGGUGGAGAAAAUGGUGAAGGAGGAUAAGAUUGAAGCUGAGGCUGAAGUCGAGCUGUACUACAUGAUCCUGGAACGCUUGGAGAAGUAUAAGGAAGCCUUAGAUGUUGUGAGAGGAAAACUAGGAGAGAAGCUGACAAGUGAGCUCCAGAGCCGUGAGAACAAGUGUAUGGCGAUGUAUAAGAAGCUGUGUAGGUGGCCAGAGUGCAACGCGCUGUCAAGGAGGCUGCUGCUGAAAAACUCAGAUGAUUGGCAGUUUUAUAUAACUUACUUUGAUUCAGUGUUUCAACUCAUUGAUGAGUCCUGGAUACCUCCAGCAGAAGAAGAGCACUCUUUGGAAGGAGAGGUUCACUAUUCUAUAGAACAAGCUGUGAAAUUUAUAGAAGAGAGGAUAACAGAAGAGUCUAAGAGCUCUCGGCCGCUCCGGGGACCAUAUUUAGCUAAGCUGGAGCUGAUCAGACGCCUGCGAUACAGAGGCUGUAAUGAUGAAUAUAAACUAGGUGAUCCAGAAGAGCUCAUGUUCCAAUACUUUAAAAAAUUUGGGGACAAACCCUGCUGUUUUACUGAUCUCAAAGUGUUUGUGGAUCUCCUCCCAUCCAGCCAAUAUGCACAGUUCAUCAGUCAGUUGCUGGCAGUAAUCCCUCUGUCAGCAGCAGCAGAGGGUGAGAUUGCGCUGCCGGCCGACAUCAAAGCCCUGCAACAGCAUUUGUGUGUGGUGCAGCUCUCCAGAUUGCUUGGCAUCUACCACACCAUGGAGAAGCAGCAGAAGCUGACUGUGGUCCAGGAGUUGAUGUUAAGAUACCGCCAUGGAUUGGAAUUUGGGAAAUCUUGUUUGAAAACUGAAUUGCAGUUUUCAGAUUAUUACUGUCUGCUUGCAGUUCACCUGCUGCUGGAUUUGUGGCUAGAAGGUGAAGAGACGGCUGUGUGGCAGUGCCUCACUCUCUUGGAAGAAGGAUUGUCUCACAGUCCUUCUAAUGCCCAGUUUAAAUUGCUGCUCAUUCGAAUCUACUGCAGGCUUGGUGCAUUCGAACCUGUUGCCGAGCUCUAUUCCAGCCUCGAUGCCAAACACAUCCAGCACGACACCAUCGGCUAUCUCCUGACGCGCUAUGCAGAGGCACUGGGCCACUACGCUGCUGCAUCCCAAUCCUGCAAUUUUGCACUCAGGUUUUUCCACUCCAACCAGAAAGAUACCUCAGAAUAUAUCAUUCAAGCCUACAAGUAUGGUGCAUUUGAGAAGAUCCCUGAAUUUAUUGCGUUCAGAAACAGGCUGAACUCCUCCCUUCACUUUGCGCAGGUCCGCACGGAACGGAUGUUGUUGGACCUCUUACUUGAAGCAAAUAUAUCAACCAGUCUAGAAGAAAGUAUAAAGUCCAUGAGUCUGAGCCCAGAGGAGGAUGACAUUCCCUGGAAAGAUUUGCGUGACAACAGGGACCUGACAGUCUUGUUUAACUGGGAUCCAAAAGACAGGGACAUUUCAGAAGAACACAGGAAGCUCUCACUGGAGGAGGAAACCCUGUGGCUGCGAAUCCGGUCUCUAACGUUGAGGCUGGUAAGCGGCCUCCCCACUCUCAGUCACACAAUUCAACCAAAGAACUCUGAGAAGACCACAGAGAACGGCGUCUCCUCCAAGAUCGAUACCAUCCGGUCCCUGCUGCAGCAGCUGGAAGCGGCAGUGGAGUCAGGGAAGAAGUUUCUAGAACAAAAAAUUCAGUAUCCUGUCCUUGGCCCUCCUCCUACCCGAAUGGCUGGCUUCUUCAGCAAUGGCAGCUGUCAGUGCCAGACUAGCUUGUUUUAUCUUGUUAGUGAUAUUUAUGAACUAGAUACCAAUGGCUUAGAAGACUCAGCAGAAAUCCAGGAGAGGAUAGGGAAUAGCUUCAAGUCUUUAGUAGAACGACUAACAGAGUUGUUCAAUAAAUGUAAAGGUGAUUUGAUUGAAGUCAGAGAUGGCACCUUGAAAACUCAUCCAAACCUGUUAGAAAACUUAGUCUUCUUUGUUGAGACCAUCUCCAUUGCCCUGUGGGUAUCAAGUUACUGUGACAGCGUCCUCCGACCUUUUAAAUCCAACCUGCAGAAAAAGAAGAAGAAAAAAAAAGAAAGCAGUGUAGCUAUGCCACCUGUAUUUACACAUUUUCUGGAUUAUGUUACUGAACUACAGACAUUAACUUCCAAUGUAAUAGAUCACAUCAAAGGGCUUGAAAUCAUUCUGACUGCACUAAAGCUUGAAGAACUGUCCCUCAAGGACACUCUGCUUUUACAGGAAGAAAAAAAGUUUACAAAGACUGUGCAAGGGAAGGUCCAGAGCAGUUACCAUCACUCAGUUCAGGAAAUUGGAGAGCUGCUGAAAAAGAGACUUGAUACCAUUAAAAAACUAAAGAUUUGAGAAAUGCAUCCUUGACAGACUCCACAGGGGAGUGACACCAGAGUCCCAGGCAGAAGAAACAUCCAAUAUACCAUCACUUUAAUCCAGAACUUCCUCAUAAUGCAUGAAGGACUUAAAAAAAAAAAAAAAUCAUAAACCAAUUUUUUUAGGUAUUACAGAUGUAUUGAGCUGAUUUAAAUUAUUGUACAUAAAGGAGAAGCAGGGACCCUUAUCAGGGUUUGACCACUUUUUAUACAUGUUCAUAAGUAUAUUGCAACAGGAGAAAGUGAACUUUCUUCCCUUUUAAUCUCUAGCACCAACUGGAGAUGGUCUUUAGAAGCAGCAAUAGAAAUCCAGUGUAAAGCAUUUAUCUCAAAGGAGUUGUAUUUUCAUCACCAUACAGUGUUUAUAAUUUUUGUAUGGUCUUUGCCUUAGAAAAGCAGAAAUCGUAGAUGCCCGCACUUAGAUGAGCCCAUUUUGGAGCUGCCUCUUUUGUCCUCAAGCCACUUGGUCCUACUGAAAACAAUCCAGGUGUUGGCCCAGCAGGGAGAGGUGAGGCUACGCUGGAGGAGCACACUCUGCCCACAACCUUCCAGCUCCGCCGCAGCAUGGGAGGAAGCCUUGACAUGUGGUGAGGAGGCUCCUCUGAGCAGAGGACUGGAGGGAAGAGGUGGAGCUGGUGUACACACAGGUUGUUUUCAUGUUCAGGAAGACUGCAGGGCUGAUGAGGAGCAAGCUUGGCUGUUCAGCUCUAGAGAGAGAGAGAUGGGAAUUGGUGUUUCAGCCAAAAAAACAACACCCCAAACCAGAGACCUUGUAUAUAGAAGCUGCAGUGCAGUCUGACGCUGUGGUCUGAUUUCAUGUUGGCUCAGUGUAAAACAGCAAUCACCAGGACUUUUUAAAAGUGUAUUUAGAAUACUGAAACUUCAAGACUUAAAAUAUUUUAAUAGAAAUUAAAUCUUAUUGGCUUUUGGUUUUAAGUUGGCAGAGGUAAUUUGCUCCCGCUGUGGUAUGAGGCUGAGAACCCUUUCUGUAGCUGUAUGCUUACUUUGUGCCGUUGAUCUUUGGUUGUUUGAGUACUAGCUCAGCUCCCACGGUGUUCUGUUAGUGCACUGCUAUCAUCUGCUUCAUUGACUGCAUUCCUGCUGGGUGUUUUAUCACCUGGAAGGAGUAAUGCAGCCUUAAAUUGGUAGGAAAAACCAGUUAGGUGUACCUGCAGUCCAAGGGCCAGGUCAGACUUGACGGAGUUCUCUUCUGAUUUCAAGCAGCUAGUAGCUGAAGUCUGUUUUAUUAAGAGAGCUGAUAAUCCUCCCUUCGUUGUCAUCUCCUCUGAGAGUGUUUUCUUAGUAAUGCUAGAAUGUUGAGAGUAUUUUUUUAAAAUAAAUCCCCUGUAUUAAAAAAAAA